AUGUCCGAGGAUGAUGGCAAUGGAGUCCUGACUGCACGCCUCAUCAUCUCAUUGGUCAAGCAGGAGUCAUUUCGAUCUUACGUCAUCAUGGCGGAGAAUUCAAUUGGGUCAACAGACAAAGAAAUCAAAUUAGAAAAAAUCAUCCAUCCUUCGGCAAAAUCUCACGUUGGUGGACACGACAGCAGCUCCAACGCCCACUACACGCCACACACCAAAGCCCGACACAACCACAACCACCACCACAACGCGACACUCAACCGAUACAUCAACUACAACAACCACAACAGCGACCAUGCAGUCGAUUCAAGCCGCAUCUCACUGAAGAUGCGGUCCUCAUCAUCGUCGUUAGCGAAUUCACGUGAUGAGAAUACUACCCCGUCACUUGAACAUUGUUUACCAGCUGAACUCAACUCAUCUGUCCGCACCAAUUAUGACCUCAGUCUAAAUGGUCUCAGUGAAAUUAAUCUCAUAAUCACAAAUCACGAGAGAUGCAACGAAUAUUCAGCCGGGCCGAGAUUCGACCUAAGUUUGACAUCUGGCUUGGUCGAAUUGUGGUUCAACAAUUUGACCAUUCGGCCAAAUUUUUUAUUUGACUAUUGA